AUGCAAACCACAGCUUAUCCCACCCAGCUAACUCAUGGCCACCAGCUUUUCCACGGAACACUCAAGCUCCUGCAGGCGCAGAAAGUGAAGAUCAGCACCAAGGACCUCGCUGCGUACAUGGGCCCCGCUUACACACCCAAAUCAAUCGACCACCAGCUCGCAAAACUUCGAAAGGAGGCGCAGGCUACGGCGCCAUCGGCGUCGGCGUUGGCAUUGACUGCCACGCAGACGCAGCAGCCUAAGUCUAGCCUGACUGCCAAACCCGAAAAGAACACUUCGUCCCCGACUGGUGUCCCGAGAACCACGAAGAAGCGAGGCAGGUCGUCGGUCGGGGGUGAUGCUGGGCCCGAUGCUCCGGCGCCGGUGAAGAAGGCGAAAGGGCGUACUGCUGGGAUAUGCACGGAUGAGGCGGACUCCGACGCGGAUUUUGGACCUGAGAGUGACGAGUAG